GUAUGCGACUAACGUGUCAAAAGAAAAUGCCAAAAAGCUACUACCUGCACGUAUAAAGAAAUAGAGAGAGGAAAGGCAGAGAGAAUCUGUUUGCUUAGAAUCAACGAGAAAAAGGAGAGAUGGCGAAUGAGUCGGAGACGAAGAAGAAGAAGAAUACAAGCGCGAGUGAAGAAGCUAAGGCGCCAUUGAAGAAAGAGGCAUUAGGAUGGAUGGAAUGGCUACGAGGCUGGUUCUAUUUAGUUUACGAAAUGCUUUUUCAAAGGAUAUUAGCGAGUCAUUUGCACAACCCUAUGCCUCUUCCUCCUAUUAAUGACCUUACUUGUAUCGUUACUGGUUCUACUAGCGGUAUUGGCCGUGAAAUUGCUCCGCAGUUGGCAGAAGCAGGAGCACAUGUGGUUAUGGCUGUCAGAAGCACAAAUCGUGCACAGGAAUUAAUUCGGAAAUGGCAGGAAGAUUGGUCUGGCAAGGGCCUUCCACUCAACAUUGAGGUAUGUUUGUUUAAAAUAUUUUCUGAAGUAAGUGGCUGGGAAUCUGAAAUAUCUUCAGCUGUUUCUUCACUUGUAAUAAUUUUCGUGGAAGGAUCUGAGUAUUGUUCAACUGUUUUCAUAAGAUUUCUUCGAACCUCUUCCAAAUAUUGUUCAAUCAUUUCUACUUCAUCCCCUUCAUGA